AUGAAAUGGGCCACGUUCUUUGUCAGUGCGAUCCGGAAAUUGUUCCGGCCGGGAAGCUGGACAUCAAAUGAUUUGAGUGGUGAAUCGAGUGGUGGACUUCGUCACUUCGUUGACUUCGUUGAGCAGAGGAUAACUUCACCGUAUAUCAUCCAACUAUUCACGAGAAGAACGGACCCGAAUCAGUAUCAGCAAAUAUCGUACCUUCAAUUAAUUCAAAUUGCAAUCAUUUUACUUAUUCUCCCUUCGAACAUCAACGCUUCUUAUGAUGUCGUCGAAAUAGAGAACCAUGCCCGCUACGACCACUACCGGUUGUAUCGUGUCCAGCUGGAAACCGACCGGCACGUACAACUAUUCCAAGACCUGGAAGCCAAAAGCGAUAGUUCCACAUUCUUCGGCCAUGCUCGACAGCCGGGGCAACAGCUGACCAUCACGGUCGCUGCCAACAAGGUUUCCGACUUUGAUGAUUUUCUGGAUCGGUUUCUGGUUAAGGGACGAGUGUUGGAAUACAACGUUUAAAGCGCAGAAUCACCCACAAAAAAUGUCAAACACACUACAGCAGCACCCUCUGAGUUCGACUGGAAUAACUAUUUCCACCUGGAAACAAUUUAUGCAUGAAUGGAAGACCUCGCUCAGAAGCACUCCUUGAUAACCGUCAUCACUAGAGAUGUCGUAAAAUCCCGAUUAAUCGAUUAGUUACUAAUCGAUUACUCUUGAUUCUUGUCGAUUAUUGAAUAUUGUAUAGUAUGUUAAAAUACGCGAAAAUACCGGCGGAUUAAUUAAAAAAACUUUUCGCGAGGUCAUCGCGAUCGUCGCGGAACAUGCGAUCACAACAAACAAUUUGGAUAACAGACUGAAUGACGUCUUGUCAAAUAAACGUCAGAAUAUUAUCCCCACCCUGGACUUGCAUGCAACAUCACUAGCAAUAUUGGAUUGCACUACAAAUGUUUAUGAGUAAUCAAAACAAACCAGAAUUGGUAGAAGUGUUGCCAGAGUCACUGGAAUAUACUAGUUGAAUAAUGAAUUAUGUUUAUAUAUCAAUAAUGUAGAAUAACUUGUUAAUGUAAUAUGACGAUGGAAACUAAUGAACAAUAUACUCUGAGAACCAACAGAAAAUCGUGUUUGAUAUUCUAAUAGGUUAUGGGCCCAGUGGUUAACUGGUAGAAAGUCGAGUCAAGUGAAGUU